AUGGAGGGCGAGUGGCAGCUCGUUCGACGAGCAGGCCUGGUAGAGGUUUUACCCAUUGCGUCACAACAGGCUCCUCGAAUCAACUUGAUAUUUGUGCCUGAUGUGUCUUCAAAAGCUGGAUCCGCCAAGCACGACACUUUGGACAGCAACCUGACCAGUCUGAUCCGAAAUGUCGAUCCUUACAGUCGCCUGUUUCAAUUCCAUUAUCAGAUCUCGGAUCAGUUCUCUUGGACGAGGCUUGCAGACUACGGAGAGAAAUUACUCGAGUGUUUGAUCGAAUGCUCAAGGCAGCAUAAUUUACAAAAUUGCCCUUUGCUGCUCGUCUCCUAUGGCCUCGGCGGGUGCAUCACAAAAAGGGCAGUCAGCAUUGUCCAGGAAAGAUACUACGAUCAAAUGCUCAGUGGCCUCAAUGCUACCUUACAAGGUCUCAUUUUUCUUGGAACGCCGCACCCGCUGUACGGGAGGCCUGGUCACAUUGAGAAGCUGGACUCUUUGCUUUCGGCCUCCUUGAGUGUUUCCCGUGUCACCCUUGCGAAGAUACGAGAAGAGGUGGGCUUGGUGUGGAACAUGUCUUCUAAGUUUGAGCAUGUUCAGUUCCACUUUGAUGUUAUCUCUGCUUAUGAGCUUCUACCAACAAACUUCAAGACGGGGUUCUUGCGCAGCAAAAGCGAAGUCUUGGUGGAUAUGACAUUCGCUACAACGAAUGUGCGACGUGAGCGCCUCAUCGGAAUGAACGCAGAUCAUCGACGGAUCUCUACUCUCGUACCAGAAAGCGAACUCCAUCAAGCGAUCGACAAACUGCUACGGACUAUCGUAGCAUCCACAAAAAGCCGCGAAAUGGAGCCAAUGCAGCCCAUCUCGAAUGGUGCGCUUUCUAUUGAUUUGGACAAGAUAUGGCAGAGUACUCCUGCUGCGUCGCACGUCGAUGCUAAAGAAGCACACGUUCAAACAGGCUUGCAAGUUGGCUCAGUCCCAAGCUCGGGAGCCAAAAGUCCGACACCUACAGGUGCCACCGCCGGAUCAAGCCAAGUAGCCGCAGGCUACGAAAUGGUCGCCGUCAACCCAGGACCAGUAUCUAUGACUCCGGCAGUGAAUUUGCCGUGUUAUCUUUUGAGGCAAUAUAGCAAAGCCGGCACCUGCUUUGGAAGAGACGAUGUGCUUGGUAUGCUUGACAAAACUCUACUGCCGACCAAGAACAACCAUCAAGAAGAGUCACGCGAGCUCCACAGCUUUGCCAUCUGCGGUCUUGGUGGCCUCGGGAAGACUCACAUUGCCGUGGAGUUUGCGUUGACUCGGAAGAAGCAUUUUGACGCCAUCUUUUUUAUCUACGCCGACAGUGAGAUGAAGAUAGCCGAGAGCUUCAAUGUGAUUGCACAAGAGCUUGGACUUGCCGAGAAGGGGCAAAGCGAUAAUUCGGUCGUCAACCGAGAUCGGGUGGUCCAGUGGCUCAAUCUGCCCCUGAAGUAUACCAGAGAUGAGCACAACGAAGACAUGGUCCUGUCGCCCGACUACUACGCGAACUAUCUCCUCAUUUUCGACAACGCCGACGAGCCGGAGAUCCUGUCGGAAUACUGGCCUUUGACGGGAACGGGAAGCGUGCUGGUCACGAGUCGUGAUCCACUGACAAAGUCACGUCUAUAUUCCAACGACGGGAUUGAUCUUGAGCCUCUCAAUGACGAUGAUGCCGCCGACUUGUUGGCAUCCUUGACUGGAAACGACGAACCCUUGGACCGAGACGAUGCGUUAAAAACUGUGCAAAGACUUGGUUGUCUGCCCUUGGCUCUGUAUCAAGUUGCAGGGCUGAUCCAAAGAAAGAAUCUCUCUUACCAUGAAUUUCUCGCCUUGUACCAGAGGCCAACUUUCCAACAAGAUGUUCACAAGUUCCGAGAGCAAGGGCUCAGGAAUGACUACGACCGAAUGUUGUUCGACGUGUGGACCUACGACAAUCUGAAGCCCGAAGCAGUCUACUUGCUCGAAUGCUGUGCUUUACUGGAUCCCGAUCGCAUACCAGAAUUCAUCUUCCAGUCAAACGCGAUCACACUGGUCGAUGACUUCCCGCACGAUCUUGAGGCAUACGAAAGCGCCAGAACCGAUCUUUUCAAGAGCUCAUUGGUCAAGAGACUACAAGGAAACCAGGGAAUCUCAGUCCAUCGUGUGCUACAAGACGCUGUUCGUGGCCGGAUGGAAGAUGAGCGUUUCUGCAAGAUCUUCCUCUCGGUCAUGAAUAUGGUAAUAGCAGUGUGGCCGACUCAAGAGCUUGGGUUCUUGUUCAAACCAGAGCUUUGGGGUACUUAUGCCAUGAUCCUACCCCAUCUUGACCAUCUCCUCAAGAUGCUGCGACAGGCAAACCCGUUCAAAGACAACUUGGACGCUUCCAGGGAUUUCACCGCCAUCCUCGUGAAGGCUGGGUGGUAUCUCUGCGAACGCGGCGAUUUCCAGGAGUCCCUGUCACUCAUCGAAAAGGCACAGCAAAUCGCCGAACCAUUCGAGGAGCACUUGGGCAAGGAAAUCGCGGACAUUGAUUACACCAUCUCCCUCAUUGCGUCGUACCUCAAAGACUGGGCGAAGAGGACUUUUCAUGUGAAGAGAAAUAUGGUGUACCGAGCAGCUCAUCCAGAGGAGGUCUUUGACCUUGCUCUUGCUCACAACGAGAUGGCCUACUUUCACAACGAAUUCGGCCAAUUUCGACAGGCGGUCGAGGAGGGAAAGAAGGCCCUUGAAGUGUAUCUGGGGAUGCAAAUUUACAGCAGUGGGGAACAGAUGGCCAUGCACCCUCGGUUGAACGUCGCGAUCGCAUACUACUUCCUUGGAGAAGCUGAAGAGGCCGAGAAGUACGCAGAGACCUGUCUACGCAGAUUGGAGCGCAGUGACUGGGAAUGGAACUUCACCGCCGACAGGACCGCGAACACCCUCUACGUUCUGGGCAACAUCCGCCUCUUACAAGGACGACUCGAGGAGAGCUUUAUCCUGCAAAAACGAGCACUUAACCACUAUCGCGAUACCAUGGGAAAGCUGCAUUCUCACACACUCAAGGCGUAUGUCAAGGUUGCCGACCACUAUAUCAGGUUACAGGAGUACGAGCUUGCGAUAUCGCAUCUCGACACAGCGCUAUCUGGCUGGGGAGACGUCUCGUUCUUCGCUCCGGAAAAGGCACGAGCACUGCACAAAAAGUCACAGAUUCUCGAAUUGCAAGGACAGCAUAUCCUGGCCAACGGCACCAACGUGAACGCGGAGAAGACUUGGUUCGACUGGUAUGAGUCGACCCACAAGGCUGUUGAGCCACUUCCGGAGAAGCCCGAUUACGACAAGUACAUACCAUUCUGGGCGAGGUGA